AUGAACAGCAGAUUUGUGGGCUUAGUCAAGACAUUAGAUCACAAAGGUUCCUUCUCGGACAACUCGGCUCGGCGGUCUAGCUUGCUGCCUGAUAGUUCCGCUGCGGGGGUAAAUGACACGCGGUUGGGCAAUAUAUUUUGUCACUUUGAGGCAAAUCUGGAUAAAGCCAUGCAAAUAAAUGCUGACGCCUUGAUACCAUCUACGAAACUUUUGAACAACUCACGGGGAUUUGCUUGCUUCCCCACGUUAUACGCGAGGUACCUGGUCCCCAAGGAACCCACACAAAGACACCGCCGGGGGAGGGAGGUCGAUGGCCCAAAAUCAAUCCACAUGAGGGAUGGAAGCCUUCGCUUCCCGGUGGACCUACUAUCUCAAUUGGGUCACCAAAGCGACAAGACGCGCGCAGGCUGGUGUGAUGGAGGCCAAGGAGUGCAAGUCAUUGAUUGCAUUGUAAUAUUUGGCCGCCCGAUGAGGUGGUGCUACAAACCCUCCGGCGCAACUUGCUGGAUUGAUCAUGCCAGUAUCACAGCGGCGGCGGUCACGACAAGGUUGGCCACACACAACACCAAUCGCUUUACCGUACUUCGGGAAAGAUCCUUCAGGGCCUGGGUUGCUGGUGAUUGCGGCGGUUUCGAAGCUGGCGCCAUCUUGCAGUCAGCCCACACGACAUGGGCCCCUGUCACUCAAGGCUCUUGUGUACGGUACUCCAAAGUAUCGGUUGCCAUGCCCAGCAGCCAGCUGAGCAGACAGCCGCCAGGAACGGACGUGUUUUCCGGAUGA